AUGGUCGAUCUUAGCUCUACAGUCCGCCGCGGUCACCCGAUCGCCUUCGGUAUCUUCGCCCUCCUGGCCUUCAUCGUUGCCGUGAUCUCCUCGGCCGUUGUCGCCAGCUUCAACUCGAACGAGCAGCCCAAGGACAACCUUGUCCGCGACAGCACCCGUUUCCUCAUCUUCGCCGGCUGGUGGGGCUUCCUCUUCUCGAUUGUCUACAUCGGUCUUUUCCUGUCCGGUAUUGGUGGUUUCCUCUCGUCUAUUGCUUCGCACGCCGUCUUUAUCAUCCUCACCUGGAUCUUCUGGCUCGCUGGUUCCGCUGCUCUCUCGUCUGCCGUUGGCAACGCCGACUGCAGCAACCCCGCCUCGGGCAUUCCCCAGUGCUCGGCUCUCCGUGCCAUUUGCGCCUUUGGCUGGAUUGGCUGGCUUGAGCUCACCUUCAUGCUUGCCGUCAUUGGCUACCUGGCCUUCAAGGCCUUCAACGGUGGCCGUGGCAUGAACGACGGUUUCGCGUAA